AUGUCUAAUAAAUCUAAACGUAAUAAACAGCCGAUGUCGCAACAAGAUGGUAAUGGUCUUAUUGAUAAUACCCAAGAUUCAAUUCAAUUAAGUUUAACACCUUCUUCUCAACAAAAUCAUACAACACCAUCGAAUAAUUCGAACAUAAUCAAUCGUUGUGAUUUUAUAAUUUAUACGUUGAACGAAUGGAUUAACAAACAUGAUGUUGAAUUUGGUAUUCCAAAUAUGAAAUUAAUUGAAAAUGAAGACUUUCGGCUAUUAAUGGAUGAUGAUGAAUCUGAUAAACUAGUAUCUAUAUCAUGUUCGUGUGGAAUUAAUGUUCAGUUAGGCAUUAUUCGUGGAAACAUUUCCUUGAGUAAUUAUUAUAAACAUUUGAAAUCAAAGUCGUGUAUUAUUAAGAAGAAAAUGUUGAAACGGAUCAAUGGUGAAUCGACCGAUAUUGCUGAUGGACAAUCUUCUGAUGCUGAAAGAUCACAAAAUAAUUCAAAUUCUGAAGAUAUAUGUUGCAGUUGA